UGCACUUUUUCCACCUUCAAAGUCUUUGCCCUGGCCGGUGGGUCCCGUACCGCGAUUUUUGCUACGAUACAUACAUAUCCUACAUGCCCGAGUACCGUACAUUACAUAUUACAUAUGAUACCUGCACCACACCUCCUGCUCGUCCGAAUAUCCGCACACGGAAGACCAGCUGUCGCAGAGGCUCCGCUAGCAACAUGAGGCUAUGAGCAUUUUAGUUGAUUCGAGCGACACUCCUCCCUUACUCGUGCGGGACCCCUCGCCAAUGGUAUGGAGUACCGGUACUCGAGUACCGUACAGUAAGAGUUGUUGAGCCAAACAGCUCCCAUCCUAACCCCCCACACUCCCCGCAUUAUGAUCUGCUCCUCAUACCGGUAAUGCUUUAACAACGACAAUAGCAACAACGACCACCACCACCACCACCACCACAAUAACAACAUACUUCAGUAUCGCAUUCGAGUAUAUUUAUUCAAUGCACCAUGUAUGAUGUAUGUACUUCUCUCGACCUAGUGCAUAACUCGAACAUGUGCGAGCAGAGCCUUUAUGUAUGUGGGCCUAUCCAUUAUUAACCUCAAGUUGUUGACGUGGGCGACCUUAAAAAAGGAGCAUGGUGCUACUGUACGGCGCCGCAUUCUCUACUCGGGCAUCCUACGGUGCUCUACCGGUACUCCGCCGGCGCUGUGCCCGUACGUAGCGGUAGCUCUGAUACGCUUGCCGCAGCUAUUACACGAAUUGCAAGGGUAAGUCUGCCUGUGGAAGGAAGUGUCGUGUACGAAGAAGAUACGAGUACGGUAGUUUUGCGCUUUACCCGUACCGGUACGCAUGCACCCCAGCUUUUCUGCAACGCAGCCGCGUCCAGGCUAAGAAAGACCCAGACGGGCGCAGAGGCACGAUGGGGAGAGAGGGAGAGAGAGGGAGGGAGACGCACUAACGAGAACGACAGUCUAGUACUGGUACACGAGGAGAACACUUACCGUACUGUUGUGCAUAGAUCCUGCAACGCCAAUUGGAGAGCUGAUGAGCCUUGGGAUUGGUGGCGAUGGGGAUGUGUGGAUGUGUGCGUGGUGGGGAAGGAUACGAUAGGGAAGGAAGAGCACAACAGUAGUCUACGGCACUCGUAGGGAGGGGCAAAAAAAAAAAUCCCCCCAUGAAGAUGGUGGGGAGUUACGGGUGAAUCAACAGAACUGGGUUUUUUUUUGCUCCGCCCUGUCCACAAAUAUCGGGCUCUGUGUGUUCGUGUCCGUGUUCAUCACGGUUUAUGUCUCGAAAGCCAUGCCUUUCUCCGGGGAGCAUCACAGAAUCGGCCUUCGCCGAUGUAAGAUUCACCCACUGAAGCCAUAUCUUCCUUACCUCCUUUUUUUCCUUUUUUUUCCCUCCCUCUUCCCCAAUGGUAGGAACUUUGCCAUCGAGUUGCCAAACUGGGCCGCAACCUAAUUCGUCUGAUGUUCGAAUCGGCUACUCACCUUGCCUCCAGUUUCUCAAAGGUGAUGAUGCUGUGCUCAGAGGAGGAAAACCGGCUCUCCCCCCACUCUAACAGGGAUCAGAGGGGGGGGGCAAUCCCACGGUUCCCACUCCAGGGUCCUCUAUCCCUCGCCCUCUCACUGCUUGUAGAGUACUCGAGUACCAUACUGUUUAAAUCCUUGGGCCGGAGGACCCGCGCCAUUGUGUGUGUCUGGUGUCAGCAACUCAACUUAUCUCGGGUCUGGACUCUUCCUCUUCGAGAGACCACCCAGCGACCCGGGGAAGGGAAAUAGCUUUGCCAACACGACCGGCGUUGGGCCAAGGAAGUUAUCAAAGCGCAGGGAGAGGUCCUACCUGCAUUGGAAAUCCUCUUGCAUCAUAGAAAGCUUGAGCUUAUGAUACCGGUACCGUUGAGAAUAGAGACCGCCGGUCAAUUGUACGAGUAUUCGAGCGAGUACUCGUCUUGCAACCUACUAGUGGGGAGGCUUUCUUUGCCUGUGUUUCUAUUUUUACUCUGUAACUCCCUCGUUUUGUGAUGCCCUUUUCUUUUCCCGUUAGCACGAUAUUUUUCUUCUUUCUCCAUUCCCGUUACCACUCUCCACCCUGUCUUUU